AUGCUACAUAGAAACAAUGGACUUGCCCAGGAUAAUGCUCAUAACUGCAAAGUGGAGGAGACUAAGUCUGAAGGCAGACCCUGGCAAAAGCCGGGAUUGAUAAAUGCCAGGCAGAAGAAUAAGAAGAAGAUAGCUCCAAUGGUAUCCGAUGUUCCUGUAUAUGGCAAUAAGUUAAAAAAGCAAGUACCUGCAGCAUGUCAGAAACUUCGCAAUGCGAGUGAGAUUACA